ACCCGACUUUUAACGAAUAAACAGUUCGUGAAUUUUAAUUAUAAAUGCAAGAUCAAGAACAAAUUCAAUUAACCAGAUGAGUAAUAAUAAUAAUAAUAAUAAUAUUGAAAUCAUAAUCAUCAAACAUACUAGAAGAAAUAGUAUUGGUACAAAUUAAUUUUGACAGUUUACAGAUAUAACCUCAAGUAUUUUUUGAUCUUGGCAACAAAAGCCAAAAGUGACCGCAUGUCAUAAACAAGAUACCAAGGUGAACAUCAUUAAAAAUUAUCUGUGACAUAAUGUAUCCGAUAUUCCUAAUCCAUCUGUUAUUGUUACAAGUCAAUAAUUGGUAAAGUAAAUCAAUUUAUUCUCCACUUUCCGAAGUAAUAUUCAUUUGUUUUUAGAGUCAUGUCAAAACCUAACCUUUUGUAAUGACAGUUCAUUGCCAUGUAAAAUGUUAAAAACCUUACUAUGUCUUUACAACCUCCGGCCAAGUUGUAUAAUAAAUAUCUAUAUAAAAUGCAUGUCCACAAAAACUAAAGGGCACUCCUCGUCAAGCCCCACAUCAAUUUUUAAAGAUGGACUGGCCAAAGCUAUCGGCUCUAAUCCUAUGGGUGCCAUAAGGAAAAACAAAAAAGCUAUCUAUUUACCCGAAGACAGGUUGAAAAAUGACAAAAGUAUGUCUCAGCAAAAUAACUCCAAGAUUUUCAGUUUAUUAGAAUCGAGCCCCUUGCUGACCCAGGACCCUACCAGGAAAGAUGUCAGUCUGAAAACUACUAAUCUUGAUAGUGUUUGCAGAGCUAACGACUAUUAUAAAAUCAUGGCUGCUACUAAAUCUAACACAGACGAGGAAUUUGAUUAUGAUAAAUAUCAAGAGGAUUGUUUGGCCGAGAGUAAAAGAUUGAAAGGCUUUAGGAAAUGGAAUAAUACGAGCCUUGGGCAAAAUUUUGGAACCAAACAAGCAAACUCUUCCAUGUUCACAUUACUGUCCUUCAACAUUUUGGCACAAAACUUGUUGGAAUCGCACAAAUUCCUCUAUCGAACAAGUGACCCCAGAGCACUCACAUGGACACACCGGGUUCAGAAAAUCUUGGAAGAAAUCAUAUCUUACAAUGCAGAGAUAAUAUGUUUGCAAGAACUACAACAAGAACAUAUAUCAUAUCUAACCAAAGCCCUGAUGCCUAAUUAUAAAUACGUGUACAAAAAACGCACAAUGGAGCAUAAAGAUGGUAGCGCUAUAUUUUACAAGUCGAAUCUUUUUACAAUGGUAGAUUAUAAGCUUAUCGAAUACUAUCAGCCCAAUGUGGAGGUUUUGAAUAGGGAUAAUGUUGGAAUAGUGAUUAAGCUUAAGAUUAAUGAGGGCCAGUUUGCGAAUAAUGCAACGGACAGUGAUAUUGUAGUUGCUACUACUCAUUUGUUAUAUAACCCAAAGAGGAGCGAUGUUAGAUUGGCCCAGGCACAAUUGAUGGUCGCGGAACUGGAUAAAAUGGCUUAUAUGGGCAGGGAUGAGAAUGGAUUACCUCAAUACCUUCCAAUUAUUUUAACGGGUGACUUCAAUCUACAACCUCACACUCCGGUCUACACAUUUUUAACAAGAGGAAUACUACAGUAUUCGAAUUUAACAUAUAGACAACUAGAACCGAUUCAAAGCAGAAAUGAUCCAAGACAAUGCACCUUGCUACCGCCUCAUGUUGGAAUCAAUGAUAAUUGCCAGUAUAUUGAUGUUGUUAAAAGGAGAUUAAACAUGAAUCCUGCGGGAGCUUUAGACAACAGAGACACAAUAACGGACUCAGGACUAUUAAUUCAUUCUCUAAAUCUAACAUCAUCCUAUUACCACAUGGUUAAUAAAAGUAAAGCACAAGCAUCAACUUACCAGAACGAAUGGAUCACUGUCGACUACAUAUUCUACAGCCACGGUUCGAAUGAUGGAAAUGUUAGUGGAGGGAAUAAAGUGGGCAACUUGAAAUUGCUAUCUCGGUUAGAACUACCUACGAUAUCUGAAUGUGACUUCAUGGGCCCUAUACCAAACUUGGUCUUUGGGAGCGACCAUUUGCUAUUGGCAGCGAAAUUUUUAUAUAAUAGAUAAAACUGUAUAUACAUAUAUUUUUAAUG